GCGAGCUAGGCUGUGACAAUACGUCGCUUCACAAUGCAAGUCCGCUCAUUCUUACUCCAACUGGUUGUCGUUGUUUUAUGCUGUCUGACUCAGUAUAAAUUGGUCAAACUCACUUGUGCAGUUAAAUACUGGGAACCGUUUAUUUACAAUGGUGAUGUGAUGCUUGGAGUUUUUGUACCCAUACACAGUCUUUGGGAAUCCUCGCCUAGCCAGGAACCGGAAGUGACAAUUUUGGGUUUCAAAUUCCUGGAGGCGAUUUUAUCUACUAUAGAUGCGAUAAAUUCUCGCAAAAACUAUCUGAAUUACACCCUGGGUGCGAUUGUUUUUGACUCCUUCAGUAAUGCAGAAAUCGCGCUGCGACAAUCGCUAAGCUUCAUCGGACUGAAUAUAAGCAGCUUUUGUGGUCCUGUGUGCGGACGCGUAGACCCACCCCCUGUAGAGGAGAAGCCCAUUACAGCGUUAAUCGGUCCGGCCUACAGUGACGUGUCGCUUUCGGUGGCUAGCCUGUUGAAGUUGUUUGCUGUUCCACAAGUCAGCUACUAUUCUGCUGCUCCAAAACUGAGUAUGCCUGGAAGAUAUCCGACAUUCUAUCGCACAAUACCUAGUGUCAGAGAUGCCAUAAAGACGAUAGUGCAUCUACUGGGUGUAUAUCAUUGGAACUACGUGAACGUGAUAGUAGAUAAUUCCGACUAUGGGGAGUCCAAUCACGGCGUACUGUUGGAAAUGCUCAGAAAUAGCAAUCAUACUUUAUGUAUUGACAAAAGAAUCCAGCUGAGCGAUGGUCAUACGGACAUGUGGGAGAUGGAUCAAACUAUGAGCGAGUUACUGAAUUCUUCCGCUGCAGUUAACCUGAUCUUGUGUUCCGCACAUCUUGGGGAUUUGGCCCUGAAAGCUGUGCAGAGGUGGCCACAUGAGAAGCGCGAUCGUUUCCUUUGGAUUGGCACAAACACAAUAGAACCAGAUUUUCCCAUGCUGCGGCCGAAUCAAACCGCCCAAAACGAAGGUGAACGAACGAGUUUCAAAAAUAUCAAUAAUGUACUUCUCGUCCUUCCACGCUUGCGAUAUUCGGAUGAGCUCGAAGCAUAUAGUGUGAGUCUCAACCGAUCCUACGGACAGAACACAUGGCGUGAGGAGUAUCUUAUGUGGGAAUGUUCCUGUAUUCCGAACGGAACUGUGACCACGUAUAAGGACCCGAUCGGAUGUACGGAAGAGCGAGAACAGCAGUGCGUUAGCUUGUUGAACGAUGAUGCAAUCUUCUACCUUCCGAACACAGUUAACGCUGUUCUAGCCGUAGCUGAAUCCUUGAAGAAAAUUCAGGACAGAUGUUCACGAGAUGGCCCAUGUUACCCAGACGGAUCAAUAGCAUUCCGUAAUCGCGUCUUAAAAAUCCUGGAUACCAUUUCGUUCACAGGUUUUGGAGGUGAGGAAUUUCAUUUUACUAUGGAGGGAGACGGUAAGCCGCAAUUUACAAUUCUGGCGCAUAUUGGUGGAGGAGCGUUGUGGCAUACCUUUGCUGAGUGUGAUGCGUCCACAAAAACUCCCAUUUGCAACGCCACUGGAGUUGUCGAGGAUUUGGUAACAGCCAAAUAUCCCUAUUCUCGAUGCUGCAAUCCCUGUGAAGUCGGAAGUGCAACUACGUACGAUACACAAAUUCCUUGCUGUUGGAAAUGUACGGAAUGUUCGAAGGACGCUAUUGUAGAAACAGUUGACAGAAGCAAUAACAACCAUGUGCCAAAAGCUACAGCCUGCGUUUACUGUGCACCGGGGACCCGGCCUAAUCAAAAUCAGACAAAAUGUGACGAUUUGCCUGUCGAUUUCAUGUCGAUUGCUGAUCCAUCGGCCAUCGCAAUGUGCGCGUUAUGCGUGGUGGCAAUUCUGCUUUCAUCAUUGGUGCUUGCGAUCUACCUGCAUAACUGGAAUACACCAGUGAUUCGUGCGUCCGGUCGCGAGACUACCCUAGUGCUAUUUGCCGGUAUCUUCUGUUCAUACGUAACACCAAUCAUCGUUCUGUCUCACAGACCCACAAUGUAUGUUUGUUCUUGGGCUACGAUAGCUCCUGGUUUAUGCAGUACCAUUUCCUAUGCAGCUAUCUAUGUGAGAAUCAGCCGAAUAGAUAGAAUAUUCCGAUUGGCCGCAAACCCCGUGUCUUCUGCAACGCGUUUCGUAAGCCCUGGAUCUCAGAUAUUGUUCAUGGUUCUGUUAAUUUGUGCGGACGUCCUCGUACUGGCCGUCACCAUGUCACUCUGGCCUCCGACCGUCACCCAAAUCCUAUCUGGUUCCAAUUCUUAUCUUGGACCGAGAAGAUGGGAACAGAACGGGAGUGUAAUAAUCCUCAAAGGUUUGGACACAAACCCAGUGGUCUGCUUUUCCAGUCUGUUCAUUCCACAAUUCGCUGGGAUGCUGAUUCCAAUUUUUCUCAUGCUGGUGUCUCUGCUACACGCUUACAAGAUUCGCAAAGUCCCUUGUGGAUACAAUGAAGCAAGACAGCUGGGUGUUGUCAAUUACGUCAACUUACUUUUGUUCGUUAUUGCCCCCAUUCUUAUGCUCACCUUUCGGCUGACAUCCAGGGAAUUGCUGCCUCUGAGUGGCCUUACCUUCUUGAUGGCCACAAAUCAACUGGUGGUAUUAAUAAUGCCGAAGUUGUACAUAAUAUUAUUCACACCUGAGAAAAACACCACGGGAAAUGUGCUACAACGUGAUCGCUCACAAACCCAAAUCCGGGGAGUCCACGUUAUUAACGAACUCGAUGAACGGUGGUGUGAAGGACUAUCCACAAUCAGUAGUGCACGUUGCCGCCACUCACUCGGAGGACUACACGAACUGUCAGCAGUGAACCUUGUGAGUUCUAGACUGGAGGGGCCUAAGGUGGAACUCAGCCGACAGCGGUCAAUUUCUCUUGUUCAGACACCUUGUGAAAGACAGCAUCGGGAACUUAGACCACGUUGUGUCACAACAGGGCAUACAUCCGCAAGCCAAUUACAACACGGAUGUAGGGCUGUUUCAUUUCACCUGAAUGACGAUGUGUCAAAAGCGGAUGAUGAUAGCGACCAGCAUGUGCCUUUACUGAAUGGGCGUGUGUCAAGUGAACGAACUGAGCACCAUGUACCUUUGGACGAAACCAUGUUAGGCAGCGAUGGAGCCACGAGUGACCAUUCAUCCGUUUCAAACUUAUCCUUCGAAAAGUUUCACUUCUCAUCAAAACCUCCAUCCUGACAAUUAUUUUUGCUUACUCCUGUUUUACACUUGCUUGUUUUAUCCCACCAAAUAACUCCAGUGUUUUAUUGUGAGUGCGAUCGAGUGUCCUGUGUGAUUUCCAUGCAUUGGUCUUCCAUAAAACCAAAAUAUGAUUCGACAAGCACGCCUG